GGAUAAGGACGACCUAGCCGACCAGGUUCGGCAAAUGCAGUCAGAGAUUGCUGACUUGAGAUUGGGACGGGUGCAGUCGGACUCGGAGAUCGCAAAUCUCCACCUUAAGCUGGACAGUAGCACACGGACUUCAAGAACGGAAGCGGACGUCGGAAGGGAAGCUAGAGCUCGAUCCAAGCGCGUGACCAAUCUCCCCUUCAUCGCGUGUGAGACCCCGGAAAUGAUGGAGAACGCUGUCCAAGCUGUAAAGGAGUGCUUUCCGGGCGCUAAGGCGACUGGUCGCACAUUCCCGAUUGCCAAGUCGCUACAAACGAUCAAUGAGGAGAUCAAAUCUGAGCCGGAGCCGGAGGUGCAGCGCGCAGGAGGGGCCAAGACGUCUGACUCAGACUCGUGUUCAAACCCCCCUCACCUGACACUAGUAGACCUCAUUCCCCAGGCACAGUUGAGCGAGGAUAAGCCCAAGAAAACCCAGCUGAGCGAGGACAAGCCUAAGAAGUCCCAGUUCAGCGAGGAUAAGCACAUGCAGCCCUGUGUGAUGAAAAUAAUCCACGCAGUAAAAAAAGCGGUCGGUUCAAAGCUUAUUGUGAUGGACACGCACAGUUCCUCCAACCAAUUCAUAAACCCCGUAGGCCGACCGGACGCAAGCAUGCUGGCAGAGGAGCUGAUAGCGUGGACUCAGCUCGUUACGGUCGGCGAGUUCAAGGUUAACGACGGUAAAGACGAUGUGGAUUCGAUGUUCGGUCAGCAAAUCGGACGAGGCCAGGUAGCUCUAGAAAAUCAGCCGGAUCGGCAGCAUUUCUUCUCGUUUGGCCUAAACAUGAACGCCUUAGAGGUUGUCCACAUUCAUCGGGAUAGCGAUUGCAAGUGGGUGAUAGAAACGACAGGCCUGCAGCCCUUCUACAUCGGCGAAGACUCGGUUGGCUUUAGAUGGCUGGUGAGGCUCCUAGCGACGGAGAAGAGCAAGCUGGGCUUUGUGAGCCCUGUGUUGCCGAACCUGAGCGUGUUGGAGGGAGUGCGGGUGGGCAGAUUGCAGUUGCUGAGACGGGGCACGGGGCCCAGCACUGUGGGGAGCUGGGUGUUUACUGCAGAGCGCGACGGUUACGCCGGGAAAUGCAUUCUGAAGCUUUGCGACCGCAAGCUGGAGGGCGAUCUGCUGGGAAUGCUGACUGCGGAAGAUGUGCCACACCUUGUGAAGGUCCUCGCAAGCGGCGAGUGCACCUACCAGGGUCGACAGUGGCAUGUGCUCCUUCUGGCCCCGUAUGCACAGCGGCUCACCAUGCAACUUGGACGGAAGUCGCUUGUCCAGGCGGCGCGUGAUGUUGCGGAUGCAAUCAAUGGGUGCUUAGAGAAGGGCGUCCUCCACCGGGACAUUAGCCUGGACAACAUCGGAGUUUUCGAGGGACGAGGACUGCUCUUCGACUUCUCAGCAGCCAAGGUCGUCGCCCCCGAGGACGUGGACAAGAUACAGCCAGCCAGUCCGACUGGGAAGCUGGGCGCCAUCACUGGCACCCCGCUCUAUGCGCCUCUCUCGGUUCUUCAAGGGCGGAGCCACACUCGGAGCUCCAUGCUGGAGGGGCUCUACAUCAGCCUCCUCGCUUGCUGUUGCGACGAGAAGGUGGCGCGGCGUCAUGAUAUGAAGCUGUCCGACCUGGAAAAGUGCGCGGAGCUGCGGGCCGGACGGAUGCUCGCGGCCGAGCCGAGCGACCUCAAGAGGGUCCCGGAUGAGUUUCGUGGCUUCCUCUCGGAGCUCCACGAUCUCUUCUAUCCAAGGACGCCAGGGCGAAGUAUGCGCGAUUAUUGCAUGCAAGUGACGGCAGAGCAGUUCAAUGGUGUCUGUUCAAAGUGGGCCCAUUAA